GAUGUGAAUAGUAAAAGCUAAGACACGGAACCGUCAACUUUGUGUAUUUGUACUUUGCGUGUGCCUUAAGUCACUUGAUUUUUUUUGCUCUCACAUAUUUUCGCUCUUUUGUGAAAUUUUCUGUCAAUCAGUGUGUAACAUUUGUGUGAAAAACUUAUCGACGGAGUUUUUUUUUUCAUUUGGAAUACAUUUCUCAACGCCUGCGACGUAAACAAAACGGAUUUUGUGUGGAUUACAUUUGUCGGAGAUCAAGUGAAUAUAAUUGAUUUUUUUAGAGUUUCCAAGCGGAACGUACAAUAAAAUUAGGACGCAAAUAUGGAAACAGAUGAUGUUGAAUCUUCGCACAGUACGAUGUCAAGUUUGAACAGCUUGUUUUCGUUCACAAGUCCGGCUGUUAAAAAAUUGCUCGGAUGGAAGCAAGGUGACGAAGAAGAGAAAUGGGCAGAGAAAGCCGUCGACAGUUUGGUUAAAAAGUUAAAAAAACGAAAAGGUGCAAUCGAAGAUUUGGAACGGGCUCUAUCAUCACCAGGAAUGCCGUCAAAAUGUGUAACGAUCCCACGAUCAUUGGACGGACGAUUACAGGUCUCACAUCGUAAAGGAUUGCCACAUGUUAUUUAUUGCCGUGUAUGGCGUUGGCCCGAUUUGCAAUCUCAUCAUGAAUUAAAGCCAAUCGAUGAUUGUCAUUUUUCAUUCAGUUCAAAACAAAAGGAAGUUUGCAUAAAUCCGUAUCAUUAUAAACGUGUCGAGAGUCCAGUACUGCCACCAGUAUUAGUGCCGCGACACUCUGAAUUUGCACCGGGUCAUUCGUUGCUACCAUUUCAACAAGUCACCGAACCGAAUAUGCCACACAAUGUUAACUAUUCCCAAAUGUCAAAUCAAAAUUUCAUGAAUCAAAGUAGCCCAACCAGUCCGACAAUGUCAUCGGUAUCAUCAGUGAAUUCGAAUCCAAACAGUCCAUAUGGUCUUUCGUUACCGGAAACGCCACCACCAGCCUAUGGCAUAACGGACGAUGCAAAUUCAAAUAAUACCGAUCAACCAAUGACAGACGCAACAAAUCCAAAUGGUCUAGUGCAAAUAAGCUAUCAAGAGCCACCAUUUUGGGCUUCGAUUGCCUACUAUGAGCUCAAUUGUCGUGUUGGCGAGGCGUUCCGUUGCAAUUCAUUAUCGGUGAUUAUUGACGGCUUUACGAAUCCAUCAAAUAACUCUGAUCGCUUUUGUCUGGGCCAAUUGAGCAAUGUUAAUCGUAACAGUACAAUUGAAAACACACGCCGUCACAUUGGUAAAGGUGCGCACGUCUAUUUUGUGCGCGGUGAAGUAUUUGUGGAAUGUUUAUCGGAUUCGGCGAUUUUUGUACAGAGUCGCAUGUGCAAUCAUCAUCAUAAUUUCCAUUCGAGCACCGUUUGUAAAAUUCCGCCCGGUUGCUCAUUGAAAAUAUUCAACAAUUCAGAAUUUGCAACGUUACUAUCACAGGCCGUUAAUCAUGGCUAUGAAUCGGUGUUCGAGCUCACCAAAAUGUGUACAAUUCGAAUGAGUUUCGUUAAGGGCUGGGGUGCCGAAUAUCAUCGACAAGAUGUUACCAGCACACCGUGCUGGGUGGAAAUCCAUCUACACGGACCAUUGCAAUGGCUUGACAAAGUUCUCACACAAAUGGAUUCACCGAUUAAUGCCAUCAGUUCGGUGUCCUAAAACACAGUCGCUUACCAAAUCCCUCCCCAAAACUAAGCGUGUCUGUGUGUUUAAAUGAUAUUUCAAUCGAGAAAAUUUAGCAGUUAAUUAUUUUAUAGGCAUAAGAGUGUUUAGAAACAUAAAAACAAUAGAAAAACAACAACAGAAUUAUUCAUUAGACUUUAUUGCUUCUUCUAUGACCGGUUUUUCAAUCGUUUCUUUUAACUGAACUUUGCUUCAUCAUCCGUUUUAAUAUUGUAACUAAAGUCAAAAUUUUCAGGAAUAAUUCGAUUUUUUUAUGUGAAAAUUCCUUUUGCAUUCAAUGCCCAUAUUGACGACGCUAUAACAUCAAUUUUCAUCUAAGCUCUGGUUCGAUCAAUGCAAAAAUCUAUUAUGACCUCUUAUUGAUUGUAUUUAUUCUGAAGACAUUUGAAAAAUUCAUUAAAUGCAAAAAUAUUCGCGUCCUUGUAGAAAUUUAACGCAUUGAGCUUAUAUGCAAAAAUUGACAAAUGUUUGAAAUGUCAGUAGUAGUAGGCUGAAUGCUAUGAAUUCUGUGUGGUAAUGCAAAUGCCAUAAAAUUGUAUAAAAUGAAUUAUUAAGUGUACGUACUAUUUUGUGUACUAAAAACUAUACAAAAAAAUAUAUAUAAUUUUUAAUACA